CGUCCUGGCAACGGGGGGAUGGAACUACACUUUAAUUUAGCAAGCCGGUUAUCUCCACAACGGAGAACAAUACGUUACCGGUUAUAUAGUCUUAAGUUAUAAUAUUUAUGUUUGUUCACUAUACUUUUUUUAAUUCUCAAGUUAUCGUAUAAAGCGGGAUGGCUAUCAACAACCCAUCGGUGUUUCUGUUGAUGAUAAACGGACAGAUAGAGGGGGCGAAUUUUCCAGAGUAUGAUGACCUGUACUGUAAAUACUGCUUCGUCUACGGACACGACUGGGCUCCCACCUCGGGUCUAGAGGAGGGAAUAUCUCAAAUUACAUCUAAAGGCAGAGACUCUCCUCAGAGAAUGAUCUGGAACUUUCCUCUGGAGAUCACCUUCAAGAGCACCAACCCAUUAGGCUGGCCUCAGAUCGUGGUGAGUGUCUACGGUCCUGAUACGUUUGGUAACGAUGUGGUCAGAGGAUACGGAGCCACACACAUCCCCUUCACUCCUGGACAACACACCAGAACCAUCCCAAUGUUUGUUCCUGAAUCCACAUCAAGACUACAGAAAUUCACAAGUUGGCUGCUGGGUCGACGUCCAGAGUUCACAGAUCCUAAAGUAGUGGCCCAGGGAGAGGGCAGAGAAG